AUGACCCCUAACCCUCUUGCUUCUGCCCUAGGACACACAGAUUCAGUGACAGCAUUGUCACUCUCUGAUAAUCUCUUAGCUUCUGGAGGGGAGGAUGGAAAUACAUAUCUCUGGUCUUUGGAUCAAAGUCAAUUUCCCGUUCUCUGUGCCCCAAGACUAGAUCAUUGUUCUAGUCUCAAAUUUAGUGCAGCAAGAUCACAUAUUCUGUACAGCGCAUAUGGUCAGCAAAUCGUCUCAUGGGAUAUUCGUCGUAUGACUGAGCCAGUUGUUACUUGGGAGGUUAAUGAUGAUGAAAUCAACUCAAUUGAUUUUUCUGGAGAUGAGCAUCGUCUUUCGUCUGCAGAUGAUUCUGGAGCUGUUCAGAUUAUUGACGUGAAUAAUGGCCAGGUUACACGUACUCUUAAGAAACAUGAUAACAUAUGUUCUUCAGCCAAAUUUCGUCCUGGUCGAACCUGGCAAUUAGUUAGUGGUGGUCUUGAUUGCAGAGUUAUUGUCUCUGACUGGAAGGGCUCUGGUCUCGGUGUGAUCAUUUUUGAAAUGGAUGAAAUCGUUGAAAGUCCUGAUGAAUUCUUACAGUCCUUACCAACUGAUUCAGACUGGCGCCAUGGAUCAAGCACAAGUAGUAAUGAUAAUGUGGAAAUCGACUACGAUAAUUCAAAUGAUACAGAUUUUGAAGCUACUUACGCAACCGGACAUUCUCAAAUUAUCGCUGAUAGUAGUUCCCUAAGUCCAUCCUCUGGGAUUGGUUCCGAGUCCAGAAGCGAACACUCUGUUUUGAGUGAUGAUGAGCAUCUCAGGAUUACUAGCGAUCAUUCGUAUUCACGAACCCGUCACACAGAACGACGUGAGCUACCACAUGUUUCCGAUCACCGCAUAUCAUCUAAUCAUGUAACGUGGAGAUCUGGAUUGCCAAUUAAUCCUCCAAUGGUUCACUCUGUUGCUUGUUCAGUGUCCGGAGAUUUUGUGGCUGCCGGACUUGAAAGUAGCACUAUCGAAUUAUUCGCGGGUGACGGCAAGCGUUUGAACCAUUUAGAGUCACUCUAUGGUCACACACGCGGGGUAUCGGCUCUUCAUUUCAUUGAUGAUUCAUUCUUAAUCAGUGGUGGCAAUGAUCAAAAUAUAUUCGUCUGGACACUUGGAUCCGAAGUUACAGGUUACAAUGUAUUUCAUGGCGAGAAAGUUAGUGCUUUUGAAGGGACACGUCUUGAUCGUAUCAUAGUUGCAGAUUUCUCCCCUGUUAUCCAAGUACUGAAUCUGUCUAUCCAGUGA